AUGCCCCCUAGCUACCUUACUUUCGCUAAGCAGCGUAAUCACCCUUACUCUGCCGUAAAGGUCUCUACUUUCGAGGCCGUCGGUACUUUCCGCCCUGGCGCAGCGAGCGAUGCCUACAACGGUGACCUUCAAGGUCUGACCUUCGUCACCUUCGACGAGACCUCCGACGUCGUCAACGGUGCGACCUCGAGAAUCUUUGUUGGAACCGCCGACAACACCACUGCAUCCGUCUACGUGAGCACUGACGCCGGUGCCACCUGGGGCCCUGUCGAUGGCCAGCCCAAGAAGUUCUUCCCCCACAAGGCUGUGCUCCAACCCGCCGAGAAGGUCAUUUACUUCACCUACUCCGAUGGAACCGGCCCCUACGAUGGCACCCAGGGCGGUGUCUGGAAGUACGACCUGACUUCGAGCAAGUGGACCGAUAUCACCCCCACCACUGGUAGCGAUCUCUACUACGGCUUUGGUGGACUCGGUGUCGAUAUGCAGAAGCCUGGAACGAUCGUUGUCGCCACCCUGAACAGCUGGUAUCCCGAUGCCAUCCUCUUCCGCUCCACUGACUCCGGCGCGACCUGGAAGAGAAUCUGGAGCUACGGUGCCGAUGGCAAGGUUGCGCCGCAGUACACCAUCAGCGCCCCCAACGCUCCCUGGAUCGAGACGAACUUCCUCGACAUCGACACCAAGAAGCUCGGCUGGAUGAUUGAGUCCCUCUCAAUUGACCCCACCAACAGCGACAAGUUCUUCUACGGCACCGGCCUUACCCUGUACGGUAGCAACGACCUGACCAACUGGGACAAGAACAAGACCAUCACCAUCCAGAGUCUUGCUUCCGGUAUCGAGGAGAUGGCAGUCGGUGCCUUGGCCAGUGCCGCUGAGGGCCCUGAGCUCUUCUUCGCGACUCUUGACAACAACGGCUUCACCUACAAGACCGCCGCCGAUGUCGACAAGGCCCCUCAAUCCGCCUGGACGAACCCUUGGUGGGCCAGCAGUGUCGACGUUGACUUUGCCGGCAACAGCCCCAACAAGGUUGCUCGCAUCGGUAAGGCCACCGACUCUCCUCAGCUUGCCCUCAGCAACGACGGCGGUGAGACUUGGUCCGUUGUGAACUCCACCGGCAACACUAUCACCGACGGCUCCGUUGCCUACUCUGCCGACGGCGAUGUCAUUCUCUGGUCCUCCAAGAGCGAGGGCGUCCAGGUCAUCCGCAACGCAGGCAAGCCCGAGAACAGCACCCUCCCCGCGAGCAGCGUCAUCGCCAGCGACAAGAAGAAGAACGACGUCUUCUACGCCGGUUCCAAGGCCACUUUUUACGUCUCUACCGACGGUGCAGCCACCUUCACAGAGUCUCCCCUGAGCAACGUCACCGAAAUCCGCUUCAUUGCCGCUCACCCCGCCACAGCCGGCGAGCUAUUCGUCUCCACCAACUCGGGCGUCUUCCACAGCACCGACUUUGGCAAGACCUUCACCUCCAUCUCUGGCCCUUCCAACGCCCACGCCGUCUCCGUCGGCAAGGGCGAAGGCAGUGCCUGGAACCUGUACGUCUUUGGCGAGGCCGCCGACGGCAAGAAGCUCUACGCCAGCGCCGAUCUCGGUGCUUCGUGGGUUGACCUCCAGGGCACCUACAGCUUUGGCGCUCUCGACGGCGCUGCUCUAGUUGGUUCCGCCAACGAGGCCAACGUUGUCUAUGUUGGUACCAACGGCCGCGGUGUCAUGUACACCUCGUGCCCUGUUUCCAACUCCACCGCGGCCCCAGCUGCUACGCAUGCCAGAAGGCACGCUCGCAGCAGACCCAUGCGUCUUGGAAGAGCUCCCCACCGCCACUGA